CUACAAGUUUGGGUUUGAGGACAGUCGAUAGUGACUUGUGAUCUCCAAGGACUUUCUUUCUAGGGUAGAUCCCAUAUGCUAUUCUUUAUCAGAUUUAAAAUGACAUUGUUGACGAACUACAUAUUUCCAGUGUUUUUCUUUACAUGGGAGCCUAAACGAUUCACACAUCCUCUACCACAGUUGAAUUAGAGGAGCUUUACGACGUUGCGGUACACGUGAUUGCAUCUUUCAGUCCUUUAUAGCAAUCAUUUUUGGAGAUCAUACUGCGAUUUCAGGAUGCCAAACCUAUUCUCCUGAUUCUCCUGAACUAACCUAUUACUUCUACAAAUAUCAGUAAGAAGUAGGUUCUUUUUGGAAUACGAAACAUUUAAUUGCGUCACAUGCGAGUUCCCAAGCGUUCCAAGACACCUUUUUUCGUCAACCUCAAGAAGAUGCUACCUUUUUUACGCACCGGCUGCAUAUCCAUAUGAGAGCUUUUGCAAUGAGAGGUUCGUUCUCAACAUGUUUUUUCCAAGGAUUACACGUGGAGAGAGGCGCUUCGUGAGAGGAAGACCUGGCUGGUGAAAUUACUUUUUAUUUUUGUGAGAGGGUAUCGCUCUGUUCAAUGGCUCCAGCUUUAAGGUUGACUAAACGUAAGGAUGCCAGCCCCUGGCCAAGGAUGUCUUCAACUUUCUGGGUUAUGAUACUGUUGACCAGCAUCUUAAUCAUCUACUGCGGUCAACUGGCGGCGGGGACAUGUGAGAUUGUGAUGCUGGACAGGGACAGCAGUCAGCCCAGACGGACCAUCGCCAGACAGACUGCACGGUGCGCCUGUAAGAAGGGACAGAUCGCUGGGACGACAAGAGCCAUGCCAGCCUGUGUGGACGCUAGUAUCGUCCGGACCAAACAGUGGUGUGAGAUGGUCCCAUGUCUGGACGAUGAGGGCUGUGACCUGUUAAUCAAUACAUCUGGAUGGACUUGUACACAACCAGGAGGCAGAGUCAAAACCACUACGGCUCUAUGACGUGACUGGAGUCCCUGUGGAUCCUCCAUUCUGCUGACAGUACCAUGGCGGAGGAGAGCAUUGAUGUCCAUGACAGACAGCCUCAGCCCAUACCACCAACCACCACCACCACCACUGGUCCAUUACUACAGACAUGAACAACCUACACAACCAACUCUAAACCAUGCUGGGCAUUAUCCACAAAGCAAGGUCUCUUAAACACAGUCAACGACAGCCAAUACUGGAGGGUUUGAGGGCACUUGAAGUCGAGAGCGAGGUUUCAUCUUUGACUCUGGAGAAGCUAUUUCAUGUUUCCUGUGCCCUGACUCCUGGCUCCACCCCUCUGCGGCUCCGACCAACCAAUGACCAUCUGCUGUAGAUAACCCACUGUCUGUCACUGGAUCAACAUGUCCCGUCUGCCCCCUUCUAUUAGCGUCCGUCUGCUUUGUAAAUGAGCAGAACCCUCUAGUGCCGUGGAGGUCUGGUUUCCGUCAGCGCCUUGUCCAGAGAGGGAGAGAGUGGUAUCUAUGGAGCCAUUUAGAUUGACUACUGUACUGUUCAGCUACUGUCUGCUAAUCUUCAGUGGACAGAGGACUCCCACUUACUUCAACCAUACUUGCUUCUGUUAGACUGCAAUGGGACAGAGAGACGUAUCCCAAAGAACAGGAUUAUUGUGAGCCUGGCCCGAGGCUUUCUGAUGUGUCUGACCUAGCGCCAGACUAUGGACUGGACCAAACGUUGGACUGGAUUUAUCCAGACUAUGGACCAGACUGGACCAGAUGACAUGCUCACUGCUCGACCUGUGCUCUGCUGUGAAUAGGCCUUCUGCUGGAGGAGUACACCUUUGGCACUCUCCAUAUUUUUAUAGACCAAAGAGGAAAAGAAUAACAGUUUAUUGUAAGACGAGAUGGACCAGAUUAGGAAAGAGAAAUGGAUACUUGUUUUUCUCUCUACAAAACAAUGACUGCCCUCAUAGCUGUAGAUGUUGGGCUUUAUGUCAUUCUGAACAUAGACAAUAGAGUCUAGUGGGACACGUAUACAAUCAAAGGAGUUACCUUUAAAAACUUUGCUGACAUUUUUUUCUCUGACUAAACCCACCACUGUAUUUUGAAACUGGAGAUAUAGGUAAACAUAUAUCUAUGUAUUAAAAAAAAUCUGAUUUGCAUUUUUCAAAAGCUACAAAUUGGGACACAUUGCAAUAAGCAUGGUUGGAAAAACGGUAAAAGAGCAAAACUACUGAUCAUCAUUGAGGCGAAAAGAGAAUAUUGAAACUGUAAUUUCUAAUUGAGGCUGGCGGGUGGUGGAAAGACACAUUUCAUUAAAUGUAUUUUGAAAGGCCUAAAACGUAUGUAUUUAACAGUUUUAUAUGUUGUACCUUUGUAGAGAACCUUAUUCGACAUGAAUAACGUGGUCACAAAAUGGCAGCCAUAGAACAUGAAAAACAAGCUCUCUAAUGCUGGUUUGUCCUGCUCUCUUUCUGUUCUCAUGACAAGUAGUUUCUCCCCUCUCAUAUCUCUAAUCUCCCAAUCUAUCAAUCACAGAUAAAGGAAAAAAUGCUCUUGAGUUAUGUUUAAAUAUUUAAUGGUAAUAUUUUACAGAUGCUUGUGAGAGUGUCUUGCAGUGUACGGUUUUAAUGUGGUUAACAACUCUGACACAGCAUAAACAAUCUGACUGAACCCUCAAUGCAACUGAUUGAAUUCCGGCCUGAGAGUCACUAUCUAUCAAAAAUUGAGCUCAUCACAGACAGAGAUUUUGUCACUUUAGUCAAUGAGCAGCCUUUGGAACCUGCUGAUUGCUGCAGUAUUGCAUUGUAAAAGGCGUGGAAUACUUACUCAUUUCUCUAUAAUAUCUCAUUUAUUUUUGUGCUUGUGUUUGUCGCACAAUGCUGACCUCCAGUCCUGAGAGACGAAGAUGAUGAUGACACGCAAAGAAGGGAGGCAUUGUGGGAAAGGUUUUAGAAUCAUUUACAUGAGAUACUUUUUAUCAUGAAAUAUUUUAAGAAUAAAUGAAAUACAUGAAAGAACAAUCACUUGCUAAUAUAGACGCUUUGGUAUUCAAAGUCAUCCAAUUUAUUCAAGGAAGUAAGAUUUAUCAUACCUUAUUUUGUAUUACGUUUAUUUAAUUAUUCUGUCCUAUAUGCCAAAAACUGACAGCCAGAAAUAGUUGUUUAUUUUCUUCUAGACCAUCUACUUUAAAGUGUCUAAUUGUCCACGUGUAAGUUCCUCAUACAUAUCUAAUAGGUAAACACCUGAUAUACAUAAGUAAAGCAAAUCAAAUGAUUUAUAGACAGUCUCAAUGGGAUUUGAUUAUAAUAACAUAUGCAUAUGAAUGUAUUGAUGCAGAGUUGAUUAAGGCAUUUGCUCAGACAGAAAUAGGACAGAAAUAAUAGUUUGACUGACUCCAUAUGUGUAUGCUGCUGGCUGUAUGUAUUAUGGUGGAAGGGAUUCCAUAAUUAUACAACAAUAUACUGUACAUAUGCAGAGCAGUACACCUGGUCAAUAUUUAAUGAACUGCAAGAUUAUGAUGUUGAUGAACUUGCAAAGGGUUACCCUGCAAAGGGCUACCCUGCAAUGGGCUACGGAUCUAAUGCAAGUGAAAACACAUAAAAAGAGAAAAAGAUAUCAGUCCUUUGUACAGCACCAUAUAUCCAGACUCCUGCUACAUUAGGUGGUACUGUCCAAGGUCCUGGUUUUCAGCCAGGGGCUCGGAUUCCAUGAAAGACACAAAUCCAAGCCUUCACAGAGGCUUCAAAGGUCAUGUGUUAGGCUCCGAGUGAAGGCAUAUACCUUCCAGAUGAACCUCCAACUUGUUAAGAUCCAGAUGCUGAACUUCUCUUAUCCACACUUGGUUCUCUGCUGUUCAGUCCGACUGACUGACUUUCAUUGAUUUACUGACUGGGACCAGUCUGACUAGCUGGCUGGCUGGAUGACUGACGUUCCUUCCUAAUCCUGACUGACUGUAUCAGCCUGUUCCACCAACACCAGCUGGAGAUUAAUACAGCUGUUGUUGACAGAGAAGUUUUCAUAGGAUGCAAAUGAGAAGUGAGUUUCCUGAAAGGAUCCGUGGGUUUUUCAUUUGUGUUUGUGUGUGUUUGUGUGCGUGUGCGUGUUUGUGUACGUGUGUGAUGUGCGUGUGUAGCCGGCGAUUGUCAAGACGGUUGUAAAUAUUUAAUUACAUCUGAUUGAAUUUCAAUAAUCUCUCCCGUAUCCUGGAGGUUCGGUGUGAUGUUCGGAGGAGUCGUGUCUCAUACACAUUUUAAUUUGAUUAGAGCAAAGUACAAUGAGGAGUUUCUCCUAGAGGUACAAAAGACAGCUUGCGAUAAUGUCUUUGCCGUAGAGAAAGAGGCAAAGUGGGUCACAUACAACUGGGAGAAUAUUACUGUGUGUGUAUAUCUGUCUGGGUAAAUGCUUUCUCUCUUUUCUAUAGCUCUAUAGUGAUAUGUGUAUCAUAUCCGCAUUUCCCAAUCCUGUUCUGUUGAUGUGUUCGUAUUUGUACAGUGCCUUCUGAAAGUAUUUCGACCCCUUGACUUUUUCCACGUUUUCUUAUGCAACAGCCUUAUUCUAAAAUGGAUUAAAUAAAUAAGCAAUCCUCAGCAAUCUACAUAAUGACAAAGCGAAAACCCGUUUUAUUUUUUGUGGGCAAAUUUAUUACAUAUAAAAAACAGAAAUACCUAAUUUACAUAAGUAUUCAUCCCUUUUGCUAUGAGACUCGAAA